AUGCACAGAGUAGGAGAAAUUCGCAGCAUAAAGUCGAUGAAUGCGAAAGAAAAUGAUAUGUGGGACUACGAAUACGACUACCAAGUUCCAAACCGCGAAACACCGCGCUUCGUACCACUGAUCAAUGUCGAAUUUGUGGAGAGUGAGAAAGUUGCGCUGGCGGUAGCGAUGGAGCUCCCGGAUUUACGAGCAGAGGAAUAUACGUGGAUGAUGGGAGGUUCUGGAAAUAUGAAGAUGGGUGUGAUGGAGGGGGAAAAAGUGCAAGGUGUGGGGAAAAUGAAGGGGAAAGCGGACAAGGAGUCGACGAUUACGAAAUAUUAUGAGAAGAAGCAGUAUGGCGGGAAGAAACGUUGA